AUGGCAAGAGGAAGCAGUGCUGGGUUCGAUAGACACAUUACAAUUUUUUCACCUGAAGGGAGACUUUAUCAAGUCGAAUAUGCCUUCAAAGCUAUAAAUCAAGGUGGUCUAACAUCAGUUGCUUUAAAAGGUGUUGAUUGUGCUGUUGUAGCAACACAGAAGAAGGUUCCGGACAAGUUAUUAGACCCAUUGACUGUAUCACAUCUUUAUAAAAUAACAGAUGAAGUGGGAUGCGUGAUGACUGGAAUGAUUGCUGAUAGCAAAUCCCAAGUUCAAAGAGCAAGAUACGAAGCUGCAAAUUUCAAGUACAAAUUUGACUAUAAUAUGCCAAUAGAUAUGAUUUGUAACAGGAUAGCUGAUAUAUCCCAAGUCUAUACACAAAAUGCUGAAAUGAGACCACUCGGUUGCAGUAUGAUACUGAUUGCUUACGAUGAAGAGAAAGGAGGUCCUCUAGUUUAUAAAACCGAUCCAGCUGGAUACUUUUGUUCUUACAGAGCAAUUAGUGUUGGAGCGAAGCAGAUAGAAGCAAAUACAUAUCUUGAGAAGAAACUUAAAAAGAAGCAAGAUUAUUCACUUGAUGAAGCAAUUCAAAUGGCUAUUUCUUGUCUUUCUACUGUUCUCUCCGUUGAUUUUAAACCUUCAGAAAUUGAAGUUGGAAUAGUUUCCUCAUCGGAUAAAAACUUCAGGGUGUUAGCUGAACAGGAGUUGGAUAAGCAUCUUACUGUAAUUGCAGAAAAGGAUUAA